UGGUCGUUCGUUCGUUCAUUCGUGUUGGUUUUCCAUUUGUUGGCGUUCUGAGUUCGUGUGUGUGUGUUACAGUCAAUGCAAUGUUUAUGUGUACGUACGUGAACGUCUCAAGUGUACGUCUGUUUUCGUAAUGUCGAAAGUAUUUAUUUGUUGAGUACCUGUAAUACCUGAAGCUGGGAAAGAAUUUAUACUUAGCAUUUAGUGAAUUUUAUAGGCGACCUAAAUUAUUCAUAACGGUACUGAUUAGCGAAGUUCUAGGGUGAAUGCGCGAACGAAGCUAGAAUUCCUAUGUUCUGUAGGAUUCGCGCUCCCGAAAUCCACUUGGAGGUUAUUAAUUCGUAUUUUCGGGUUUUUUCCUCAAUCCGAGGUCUAAUUAUUCCACUUCGUCUUCUCAUUUGGCGAUGUAAAUAUAUCGGUCGCUUGUCACAUCUAAGUUUCACUACUACGAGAGAUUUGCUCUCUCCGAAGCUUCAAAAUUUUUAAGAAUUCAGAACCUUAUUUAACAGCACAAAACUGGUCUAUCAAUUUCAAAACAAAAAACAACAACAGUUCGAUAACUGAAGUUCUUUCGCGAACCAAAACCAAUGAGUGACAAUGUUAACCGAACUCCCGCUAAAUGUAACGCUAAAACAACAGCAACAAUAACAACAAACAAAACAAAGACAAUACUGUUAAAUAACAAUGAUGCACCAUCACCACCUGUGUCCGUUGCUACAACACCACCAGCGGAGACUGUAGUUAAAGAAUCGCAGUUACCUGCUAAGGCCAAAAGAGAUAAACCCUCAGUGGACUUAGCUUGCAAGGAAACGAAGAAAGUGGCUGCCGCGUUACCAAGAGCCACCAAUCCGCAGCUCCAAGAGAGCCCAUCACCACCAAUGGUGCCUGUUACGGUCGCCACGUUUGGCAGAUCGCCACCCAGCAGUGCGCACGGAACGCCACCAACAGUCACCCAGCCGUAUCAUGUUGUUUCACCCCAGAUGGCCACAGUCUUGGCUGCCAGUAAAGCAGGCAGUCGUUCGCCUGUUUCUUCACCGCGCGCCGGCCGUAAACAUCAUCGACCACACUUACCGGCGAGUCCGAAAUCUACACCGCCCGGUGCGCGUAAAAACUAUCCCCUCUCUUAUAAUGCUGCUACUGGUGUAAUAACAUCGCCUAUUUCCAUACCGGCCGUACCGCCACACAUGAUAUCUGCCAUGGCGUCCAGUCCGGCUUCAUCAUUGUCGCUGUCUUCAUCGACAUCGUCACCUUCGUCCUCACCGCCACCACCUGUGCCCAUGCGUGCACCCAAAUACAAUUCUACCGGCAACGUACAACGACUCCUGAAUGCGAGUCCUAAAGAUAACGAUACAGCAGUUAAAGGCUUAAGUUAUGGACUAGCAAAAAAGCCAAUCACGGGCUCAACGCGCAAUAUAGCAGGACACUCUACAUAUGGCAGUGGCAUGGGUGUACUUUCAGAGGAACACCCAACUCUGACUUCCUGCGCCAAACCAUUGCCUGAGUUCGAUCUCGACAAAUUGGUUGCCCAGCAAAAGGAGUUGGAAAAACAGACAGCGGCGGUGAAAAUGGAUGCGAAUAUAUACGACGCAGAGAUUGAGAUGAUGAAUAAGUAUCUCAAGAGUCUGCCCGACUAUACCGAGCUGGAUAAGAAGCUCCAUAAAGAGUUUCAAGAGUGUGAGGAUUUGUACGAUCGCUUGAAACGUCGUCAAGCGCCGGUCACCAAAUCCAAUUCACGCCAAAGUAUUAUCCUGCACACCCAACCGGAGCAGCAGCAGUUGUGUAAUAAGUCUUACGUCCCGCCACCCAAUAACCUGAUGAAGUCUUCAUCCAUAAACUUGGGUAAUUCACUGUCUGCCAUGCAGAGCCCUCAAAACCGCACACGCCUCGCCUAUCCGUCCAUCUUUUCUACACUCGGUCAGCCACAACAAGAACAAACACCCAAAUUACAGCGCAGCACGUCGAGUAACAGUAUGCCAUAUUCGAAUACGCCCCAGUAUAGUGGCUGUAUACAGGGUUUAUCGCCUGCCGACAACUUGCCACAAUCCAGCCAAUUAUUAGCGCAGCAAAAAGAUUCCGUAACCAGCGGCUCGAAUCUCUCGCUUAAUAAGCAACUUAUGAACGACUUUUGGGCGGAGAACCUGAUGUCCUCACAGAAACGGCAAACGCCGAAGCGGUCUAUAUGGAACUAUGAGAAGAUCUGCGCGCCAGCGGUGAGUAGUGUAGGCGCAGCGGGCGCCCCACUAAAGGUGGAUGCGCAGACAGCAAAAAAACUAGCUAUUUUCGAUCCAACCGUUGCCGAGGCGGCACAAAAGGAACUCCAGAAGCCCAAUAAAUUGCAGAAGAAUGCAUCGCUGUCGCAUUUAGAUAUGAAGGUUCGGCAGGCCGUAACCAAGGAAGAUUUUUAUAAGCUUAUGUGUAAUGAGAACUCGCCCACAACGAGUCUGGCGCCCACAAAUUUCGUGAGUAAAGUACCAGUGAAGAUAAUGGCACAACCGCCAGUGGCACAGGUACAGCAACAGUAUCAUCUACCGCAGCUGACGCCAUUGAAUAAAAGUGUUUCCCUCUCUCAUGUACCCUCCGGUGUGAUCUCUACACAAAUGAAUUACGCCAGUCUCACUCAAACACCCGCACAGGCCAAUGCACCAUCAACGAGUAAUCUUGUGCGUUCGACUAGCCGCACACACAUACCUUGCUACAUGAAACAUCUGCCCGCCUUAAGUCGUAGCACCUCGAGCACCGCAAUCCUCAUGCCUACGUCCACAGCCGCCACGAAUCCACCGGCAGCGCGCGACGUCACAUCAAAACAAAUUAGUCAGCCCUCGGCGUUGAUGACCAAUUCGGCAAUAACAUCUGCAGCAGCGGCUACAUCGACGCACCCCCUCCGCGGCUUACUGAAGAGCUCGUCGAGUUCAAGUGUGUUUGGCGCUGCAACUAAAUAUAGUCCGUUCUACAUGCAACAACAACAACACCAGCAACAGCAGCAAAGUUGUGAGUCAUCCUCGCAAACUACGCUUGCCGCAGCGGCGGCCACGUUGACAGGGGCGACAAAGGCCGGCAAUGGUGUGUCGCCGCGUGCGCCUGCAAUGACAACAUCUUUGGUGGCUCCAAGUGAGAAACCAAAAUCAGCGUUGAGUGAUGAACUGAUGAUACGCCAAAAACAAAAGCAACAACAGCAAAUACUAUCAGAACCAACACACGGGGCGGAGGUGAAACAAACGGUACAGCAGCCAUCUAAACAUUUGGAAACUCGGCAGUCAAAGCCAAAUAUAUCGAGCAGCUUAAGCAAACAAGAACCCGAGGCGGAGGUGAGUAAGGAGCCGCAUCCCAUCACAGUCGACGGGGAUAGGAACGAAACUAACGCAACGACCUCCUCUGAUGGGGCCGCGCCCUCCUCAAUCGAUCGAAAAUCAGUGAAAAGCAACAGUACCCUAAGCACAAAUAGCAUCACCGCAACAAAUUGCUGCACCUCCCACCUGCCCCACUUGUCGAAGUUUACAUCCUCUUUUCACAUACCCUCCGCCGAUGCCAAGACCAGCCAACAGCAGCAAUCAAAGCAAACCAAGCCAGUUACACGGGAUGGUAGCGGAACUGCGAAACCCGCUGGAUCAGUAUCUGCUCCGAGCGCUGGGGAUAGCGUUAAGAACAGCAAAGUUCAGAGUAGUGUCAGUUCAGAGCUCACUAAACGUCAAAAGGACACCGAUAAUAAGAUUGAAAAGUGUCUGAAUGAAUUGUUGAAAAUGGGCAACAACAACAGUUCAGCGGACCAAGUCCUUAUCGCUGGCGGAGCGUCAGCAGUAAAAAGUCAAACAUCGACUAAAAUACCGGAAUCCAAAGUGACGACCAGCAAAGAAGCAGCCAAUAGCACAUUGACUGAAAGUCCUACCCGUCAACAACAGUCACAACAACAACAAUCUGCACAAUUGCCCAAAAAAUACUACCCCAUCGGCAAAUCCAACUCGACCUCACAAAUACCUUUCAGCUAUCAACGUCAGAUUUUGCCGCAACAAAUGUCGGCGUUGCAGCAGCAACAACAAAACCAACAGCAACAAAUACAGGCUGCUCAACAAGAUUUGCUGCGUCUCAGGAAGCCACAAGCUCUGCAACCCACCCACGCUUAUCCGCAACAGAAACGACCCUUCUUGAAUUGGAAUUCCUUUGCCUGCUCUACCAUGAGCGGCAGCACGGAUCCUUUCAUGCAACAGCAGCAAGCGCAUAAGUUACAACAAACCGCCUCGGCUACAAAUGUAACUAAGAAAUUGCUGCAGCAGCCCAGCGGAGGACCGCAGGUACAGCAGCAGCAGCUGCAGCAGCAGAUGACGACAAAGCCCGCAACGAACUCGACAGUAUUUUUGCAAAAGAGCAACACAAAUAAGGAGAAUAAAUAUAUGAGCGCACAACAACAACAACAACAGCAGCAGCAACAACAAACGACAACCUAUAUACCGGGUUUUCUGCCAGCGCAACAGCGACAGCAGCAGCAAAAAUAUAAUUUCAUGUACGGACAACAGCAGCUGCCGCAACAACAACAAACCACACGACUGGGGGGAAAUGUCUUGGCGCACUCCGCCUCCUUCAGCAACACACAAAGACCUAGCGGCUUUCAGUAUAUGGGAAGUAAGCCACAACAAUUGCCCGGCCAAUACAUCAGUGUGCAAACAAUGCAACAGCAGCAGCAAACACAGCCUGAGCGUACAAACGCGCUACAAACCUUCGAGCCGUAUCUAUAUCCGAAGCAGAACAACUACAGUUUGGGCAGUAUGCAGCAGAAACUCUACCAGCAGCAGCAGCAACAGCAACAGCAACAUGGUGUCGGUGGUGGUGGUGUAUUCUCAACACAACAACACACUACACAUCAUUACAAACAACAACAAAAUCAAGCCGGUGGCGGCGCAGUGGGCUCAUAUCGCGCUCCUGCGCCACACCCUCUCACUCAAUCAGCCUCCACCUCAGCCGUGUGCUACGAUGCUUACCGUCCGCUGGCACCUCAACAAGCUCCAGCAGCUAUGAUUGCUGGCCAUCAGCAACAGGUUUUGUUGCAACAACAACAGCAACAGCUACAGCAGCAAAGUAAUUCAGUUAUUUUAAAUCAAACACAAAGUCAAAUGUCCAAAUCCGCAUUAGCAUUGCACUAUAUCGAGACAGCAAAGCCCGUCAUACAAGAUGAUGCUGAUGGCCACUUGAUAUAUCACAACGGCGAUAUACUUCAUCACAGAUAUAAGAUCAUGGCCACGCUGGGUGAGGGUACAUUUGGACGCGUUGUCAAGGUCAAGGACAUGGAGAGGGACUUUUGCAUGGCCUUGAAGAUCAUCAAGAAUGUGGAGAAAUACCGCGAAGCUGCCAAACUGGAAAUAAAUGCUUUGGAAAAGAUCGCACAAAAGGAUCCACAUUGCGAACAUUUGUGUGUGAAAAUGGUUGACUGGUUUGAUUAUCAUGGUCAUAUGUGCAUCGUUUUUGAGAUGUUAGGCCUAAGUGUGUUCGAUUUCUUGCGCGAGAACAACUAUGAACCAUAUCCGUUGGAACAAGUGCGACACAUGGCCUAUCAAUUAUGCUAUUCAGUUAAAUUUUUACAUGACAAUCGCUUAACGCACACUGAUCUCAAGCCUGAAAAUAUACUCUUUGUCGAUUCGGAGUAUACAACGCAUUAUAAUCACAAAAUUGAUCGCGAAGUGCGUCGCGUUAAAAACACCGAUGUGCGCCUCAUCGAUUUCGGUUCGGCUACAUUUGAUCAUGAGCAUCACAGCACUAUUGUAUCGACACGUCACUAUCGUGCACCGGAGGUUAUACUCGAAUUGGGUUGGUCACAGCCCUGUGACGUUUGGUCAAUUGGCUGCAUACUCUUCGAAUUGUAUCUGGGCAUAACGCUCUUCCAAACGCACGACAAUCGUGAACAUCUAGCCAUGAUGGAACGUAUACUUGGUCAAAUACCAUAUCGUAUGGCACGUAAUCAUUGUCAUUACAGCAAAACCAAAACAAAGUACUUCUAUCACGGUAAGUUAGACUGGGAUGAGAAGUCAUCGGCUGGACGUUAUGUACGCGAUCAUUGUAAGCCAUUGUUUAGAUAUCAAAUGAGCGAUACAGAGGAUCAUUGUGAACUCUUUGAUUUGAUUAAGAAAAUGUUGGAAUAUGAACCAUCACAACGGGUGACGUUAGGUGAUGCACUACGCCAUCCGUUCUUCGACAAAUUACCACCACAUCAACGUGUUGGUGAAAUGGGCAACAAUAAGCAGGCCAUAUCAUCUGGCAGCAGCAGCAGUCGUGAACGUUCGCACAGUUUGUCAAGAUGAGAUUUAGCGCGAUUUGGUUAUUGUUAAUUAAAAUUAGAACUGCAGCAGUGAACAGCACAGACAGCACACAGCACAUAGAAAAAAGUAAAUAUACAUAAUAGAAGGAAAUCAAUAAUGAGCAGCAGCAACACCAACAACAACAACAACAACCAGCAACAAUUAGUUAAGCAAAAAUAUAAAGGGAGAAAAUGAAAAGUAUAUAGGUAUAUGAGAAAAAGCAAACGCAGAAAAAAGUCUGCGGCAAGCAUAAUUACGAUGCACGAGACCAGCAACAAGAAAAUAAAAUCAAACAGCGAAUAAUGACAACGGACGCAGCGCAACAAUAACCAAAUUUAACAUAUACAUAACAUGUGUAAGAGCAACCAAAUGCCACAAAGAAAGAAAAUCACAACGCAUUGAUGCAUCAUUGAUCAUCUAGCAAACAUAAACAGCAAUUAGAUAGCUGAAUAAAGACAAUAGCUACGCAAAUUUUGCAUAGAAAAACAAGUAGCAGCGACCAACAAAUACAUAAUGAAUGCAAAAUAAAUUAUAAAAGCUAACAAUUGGCGGAUGAAAAUGCAUAAGUUGUUACACAAGCUACAUUAUAUGUAUAUACGAGGGGCAGUACUUUUUAAAAAAAGAUUUCUAUUGAAUUUUGCAUUACACACUUAUUACAUAUUGUAUGAAAGUAGUAGAGUAGGUUACAUAUGUCAAACUGAUUUUGAUAUAGCAUACAAUUGUGUUAAACAUAAGCCGCUCAAAUGCAUACACAUGCAAAUUUUAGUGCAUUGGCAUUUCGAUUUUUGCGAAAAUGUUCUAAUUUCUUAAAACAGAUUUAAUUCUUCUAAUUAAUUGAAGUUACAUGCCAUGCGUAUAUAUGUUUGUACACUUCUAGUUUAUCAUACAUAUAUAUGAAUAUGCAAGUUUUUUUUUUUCUUAACUGACAUAAAAAUACUCUUAUGUAUAUGUAUAUAUAUUAUAUUUUGUAAUUUUACACUUUAAUUUCUAAUGCCGUUAAUUAAAAUGCCACCUUUUUGCAUGCGUGUGUAUGCGCAAGCGUGUAAAUAGUAGAAGUGAGAAACAAUAUGAAAUCGCAUUGAAUCUACAAACUUUUAUUUUGUAACUUAAAGCACACAAAUACAUAGUGUAUGGUGGAAAAGAAGAAAUAAAAUGCUUGAACGCGCACCUUCUCUCAUAAUUAACAAAAUUUGUGUUUUUGAGUUGAUUGCAUUAUUGCAACAUUAUUUUUAAUUUAUUUUUUUUAUUUGUAAUACAAACUUUCUACUCAGUAAUUUUAUAAAAAUUACAAAUAUUUUCCAUAAAAAAAUUUUGACUUAAUUUUCGAUAUUGUUUCUGGCAAUAACAGUUGAAAAUAUGUAUUGUUAAUUUCUAUACAAACCUUUGUAGUCACGAAUAAUAUAAUCAUUUUUGCGCCAAGCAGGAUUUACGUGGCUAACAGUCAAAAAUUGUAUACAAUAUUUUUUAUUUUUAUUUUUUUUAUUUUUUUUAAAUACUGAGUUCCUGUUGAUGAAACUAUUAAAAAAAAGUCAAAAAUAAAGUGUAUAUGCUUGCCAAUUUCUUGUAAUAUGAACGCGUAAGAUUAGUAGAUAAAUAUGAAUAUAUGUACUUUUAAAAAUA